AUGACGUCACUCAACACGAGUGCUAGUUUGGCUGCUUAUGGAUCGUACCUUUUCGGAGAUCCCGAUCCAGCCGCUUUGUACUCAGAGUUUCCCGAUUUUCUCAGUGCUCUUACCGCGCUCACGAAUGGUGUUCCAGAAAAUUUAACAAUUUCUGAUGCAAUUGCGGCUAUGGAUGCUGAAGAUGGGUUUAAGAGUGUGAUCACUGUGCUCUUCACUAACAGC